GAGGAGGAGAUAGAUGCGCGCGCAUCUCCCCAUUUGUUCUCUCUCAACUUACGGGCACUAUAUAUGACGUCACCGGAGUAGAUUGUGGCACUUAGCUUAGAGUUGCAUUCAGAACUCCGAGGAAACCUCUUUUCCAACACCCAAGUUCUACAGAAUCUGAAAAUAUAAGAUAAACUUCCAAUCAUGGCUGAAUCUCUCGAACAGAUGCCAAAAACUGACACAAUUAAACUUCGCGAACGGCAUAUCGGACAAUCAUGCAAACUGUUUUACAAGUCUAAUCCAUUAAAAAUUGUCAAAGCUGAAGGACAGUACAUGUUCGACGAAAAAGGUGGACGUUAUUUGGAUUGCAUAAACAAUGUCGCACAUGUUGGACAUUGUCAUCCGGAUGUUGUAAAAGCCGGACAGGAACAAAUGGCAUUAUUAUCAACGAACAAUCGUUUUCUACACGACAAUAUCGUAAUCUGUGCGAGACGAUUGACUUCUUUAAUGCCGGAACCUUUAUCUGUUUGUUUUUUUGUUAAUUCUGGAAGCGAAGCCAACGAUCUUGCGCUUCGUCUAGCACAAACACACACUGGCAAUAAGGACAUUAUCACUCUCGAUCAUGCUUACCAUGGUCAUUUAACGUCGACGAUUGAUAUCUCGCCAUAUAAAUUUAAUCAAAUGAAAAAUGGAAAGAAGGAUUGGGUCCACGUGGCACCCUGUCCAGACAUAUAUCGUGGUAAAUACCGUGAUGACGAAUAUCCUAAUCAAGAUCUUGGUCUAAAAUACGCAGAAGAUGUGAAACGGAUAAGUGACGAUUUGAAGGCUAAAGGUCGAGGCGUUUGUGCAUAUAUUGCGGAGAGUUUAAUGUCGGUUGGCGGGCAAAUUCUUCCUCCUAAAAAUUACUUUAAAAAUGUCUUCAGGUACGUGAGAGAAGCUGGUGGUGUAUGCAUUGCCGACGAGGUUCAAGUUGGUUUUGGUAGAGUUGGUAGUCACAUGUGGGCCUUCCAACUUUAUGGAGAAGACGUGGUACCAGAUAUCGUAACAGUUGGAAAACCAAUGGGAAAUGGACAUCCUGUAGCAGCAGUAAUCACGACACCUGAAAUCGCAACCAGUUUCAAGAACACUGGAAUCGAAUAUUUCAAUACGUAUGGUGGCAAUCCAGUAUCCUGUGCGGUAGCUAAUGCUGUUAUGGAAGUGAUCGACCGUGAUAACUUGCAAGAAAAUGCUUUGCAAGUUGGACAACAUUUAAUAAUGGAAUUAAAAAAAUUAUCUAAACGUAGAAAGAUCAUCGGUGACAUUCGUGGUGUGGGCUUGUUUAUUGGUAUCGAAUUAGUACGAAACAGAACUAAGAAGAUUCCAGCUACUGCUGAAGCCAGACAUAUUGUCUCUAGAAUGAAAGAAAAGAAAAUUCUUGUUAGCAGUGAUGGUCCAGAUGAUAACAUUCUCAAAUUGAAACCACCUAUGGUAUUCACCAUUGAAAAUGCUAACGAUUUCGUAUCUAUUCUCGAUGAGGUUUUACAGGAAAUUGAAAUUGAUACCGAAGAGGAAUUAGAAGUUACACAGACGGUGAUCAAAGCAACAAUUUCACAGAUGGAUCUUGAUAAUAAUUCGGCUCCUACCAAAACAAAUUCAGUUUUCGUUCGUGCGAGUUAAUUAUUUAUUUAUGGCGAUUGAAAAGUCGCAAAGUAUUAUACUUUUAUAAUUAUUUUGCGUGAAAAUGAUAUUUUCUAAUUAAAAAUGGUAUUCUUUUUAUAAUAAAAAAUAUAUGCAUCUAUAUAUAAAAA